AACGCGAAGAGGUUGGUGGCCUUGGCUACAUGGUCGGCAAUGGUGGCGACGGCUUGUGCUACUACGGAGUUUCCCCUGACGAAGGGAAAGGAUGCGGUGGCUAUGUUCGAGAUUGGCGGGAACGAGAAGACCCUGGACCUCUGCGACUCCGAGUUCCUCCUUGCCGAGCCCCUUGUCCAAGAGGACUUUGCCGCUGAGGAGAUUUGGGAAGCAGCUAUCGGUGUUGUGCGCGAUCUUACGCCGGGCACUUUGUGGAUACAUGGAGAGUCGGCCGCUCCCUACCUCGAGAAGGUGUGUGAAGUUGCCCAUGAACAGCUCCGAUCCGGACGACAGGUGGUUAUCCAAGCUCCUGUCGUCGACCACGACUUUUGGACCACACCGGCAAUCGAAGAGCUGUACCAGAACGCCACCUACAACUACUACGAGGAGGCUGGCGAGACGCGGCUGUUGCGCCUGAACUAUUGUGGCCAUCAACAUGAAGUCCUCGUGGUUGACCAGACCGGCCGCAGGCCACCAGGCGAGGAUGAAGGAGACCUCCCCAUCGGGAGCCGAGCAAUAUCUUUCUCUUCCGGCCCCCGAAUCAAGCCCGAAGUACAAAGUGCUCUGAAGCGUCUGCACCAGAACCUGGGCCACGUCGGAGCCGAAGACCUCAGCCGACAUCUUCGCCUUGCGGGAGCUGGUCCAGAAGUGGUUGGUGCGGCCAAACGACUUCAGUGUGAGGUCUGCGCCCGCAACAAAAGAGGAAAGGCCGCGAGACCGUGGUCGACUCCUACGCUGUUGGAGUUCAACCAGGUGGUGGCCGUCGAUGCCUUUUCGGCCUAUGACUCCUGGGGAAAACGCUACGAGUUCAUCUCGGUAUUGGAUUGCGGAACUUCUUUCCAUGUCGUGUUCCCCCUUAGUGGUCACAGCACGGCGUCCAUGGAGAAGGACUUCUGCGUCGCCUGGAGCCAUGUAUUUGGCCCUCCUGGAACUCUUGCACUGGACCUUGAGUCCGGGCUCCAAGCUGGCUUUGCGAGGUAUAGCGAGUUCUACGGUGUCAAGAUCCGCUCCGCUGCCGGACAGGCGCAUUGGCAACAAGGGAGCGUCGAACGCCACAACCGGCUUUGGAAAGAGAUAUGGGAUCGGGUUGUCGAUGACCACUCGGUCACUGAGAAUGAGGUCCACCUUGCAGUCACGGCCGUGAACAGCGCCGUGAACGAGCUGCGAAGAAAGAAUGGUUUCAGCCCGAGCCAGGCCGUAUGGGGAAAGGACCCUGAAAUGCCAGGCGAGCUACUCGGGAGCAAGGACCUCGAGCAGUUCGACCACCUCAUUUCCCGUGACCACCAACGAGCCCGAGAGCAUGCACUACGUACGGCUGCCAAGGAGACGUUUUUCCGAUGCCAGACUGACGACAAGCUCCGUCGAGCUCUCCUACAAAGGAGCCGUGUCUCAGGGCCCGACCUCGCCGUCGGAGACUUCGUCUUCUUCUACCGAAAGGCCAAGAAUCAGAAGUUCUGGCAGUGGCAUGGUCCAGCGACGGUGAUUGGCCACGCAGGGGCGAACGUCUGGGUGUCACGCGGCGGGCGCUGCCACCUGGUGGCUCCAGAACAUUUGCGUCGGGCGACCAGCGAGGAGCUGGGUGACGCUUUCACUUCGCGCACUACUCGCGAUGAUCUCGAAAAGCUCCUCGAGCUGGAUCCAGACGAGAUUGUCUAUGACGAUGAGGUGGAAGGGCACGAGUCUGGCCCCGAACUCCCGCCUGGAGAUCAAGAGGGCGACCCACGUGACCUAGCUGCUGCACAAGGACGAGUACGUGAUGGAGAUCAUCUUGGUGCUGGUCCUUCUGUCCGAAAGCGGUACAGGGUUAAGGGUCCCCAAGACGGCCCUGGACAUCAGCUUCCACUUCGUCCUGAGGACGAUGAUGAUGGCGUGGAUGAGGCGGAGCAGCACGACGUCCCUCCCCGGGAAGCUCCAGAUGAGGCAAUGAUGCUGCGCCGAGCAGUGACAGCGAGGGGAAAGGAGAAACAGCUUGAGAAGGAGCUCCCCUGGUCAAUGAUUCCCGUGGAGCAGCGAGAGGCUUUCAAGCAAGCCGAGCUCAAACAGUACUGCGAACAUCUUGAUCAUGACGCAUUGGAGCCUCUCUCCAUUGAAGAAAGCCUCCGCAUCAAAGCCGAAAAGAAGGACCGCAUACUGACCUCUCGGUAUGCAUACCGCGACAAGGCUUUGGCGAAGAGGCGAAAGGACCCAACCGUCCCUUGGAAACACAAGGCUCGCUUGGUGAUCGGUGGUCACAACGACCCCGACAUCGGGCAAGGGCUCAAUACCACGGCCCCGACGGUGUCCAGGCAGUCCAUCAUGUUUCUCCUGCAGAUCCUCACUUCCCGACUCCAUCUCGGAUGGGAAGCCCACGCCGGUGACAUCACUGCUGCCUUUCUCAACGGAGGCCCUCUACAACGAGAACUAUAUCUUCAACAACCGCGCACCGGACUCGGAGAUCUACAUCCUGACCAGCUUCCACGCAUCAAGAAGGGCGUCUUCGGACUCGUCGACUCACCACAUGGAUGGUGGGAACGCUUCAAGGAAGAGGCCACGGGGCUACGCCCUGAGACUGAGGACGGGAAAAGGUUCGUGGUGGAGCAGUCGCCCCUCGACCCUUGCGUGUUCUUUGUCAGGGACGACUCCGUGAAGGUCUCCCAGGAAAGCUACGUCGAGUCUCGACUCUUCCAGGUGGAGGUGAAGUCCAACCAGCCCGACCACGAGAUGGCGACCGAGGAGCAGCAGUUCGACAACAGGAGUUUGGUGGGAGCCCUCUCUUGGCUGGCGGGGCAAACAAGGCCGGACCUACAGGCCAGCGUGUCCAUGUGCCAGCAACUGCAGAAGGCCCCAACUGUCGGAGAUGUCAGGUUUUCCAAUUUGGUGGCACGACGGGCCUACGAGCACAAGGCCAAAGGGGUGACUUUCUAUCCCAUUGACUUUGACCGAGCCACGCUCCUCUGCUACCACGACGCUGGAUGGGCGAACGCCCCCCAAAACGCCGACGACCCCUACUACAAGUUGACGGACGACGAGAACCUCGCCGGGACGUUCCAGGAAGGGCCCUUCGUUGACAAGCCACGAAAGACAAAGCGAAGCAGCUCUUGCAUAGCCUCCCAGCUCGGGUGCCUCUAUGUCCUGGCGGAUUCGGACAUCCUCCAUGGCAAGGAGGCUAUGAUGAGUGUGAUUGACUGGAAGAGCCACGCCUGUGAUCGGGUGUGCCGCUCGACCUUCGCAGCUGAAACCAUGGCUUGCUGCACCGCAGUCGAGGGAGGCGACUACCUGGAGAAGUACCUGGAGACCCUCCUCACCGGAAGUCUUCAACGGAGGACACGUGGCCGGAUUCAAAUCCGUUUCCUGAGCGACUGUAGGUCACUGUACGACCAUCUUACACGGGAAGGAAUUCCCCGUGUGCCAUCCGACCGCCGGCUCGCUAUUGAUCUGGCAGCCGUGAGACAAGACUUGAAGUCACUCGGCCGACUAGCAUGGGUUCCAACCACUCGCCAGCUCGCUGACGUUCUUACUAAGCCUAUGAAGGGAAGCGAGUGGUGGGACUUUUUGAGCUCACCCUUUGGUCUCUCUUUUAAGGAGGAGACUUUUGGAGCAGUGUAA